CCCAUUCCAAAAUAAGAAAAAUGGCGGCAUGAAGUUUUGAGUUUUGUUGUCUAAAAAUAUUUUUGAAAAAAAAAUAUUAAUUGAUUUUGUAGAGAGAUAUUUACUUUCCCAUCAGCAUGUUUAACGAACUUUCAUCUGCUAUUCCAGAUGUAAAAAAAAGCGAGCAAGAUCCUGUUUUGAAGGAAAAUGCUAACGUACCAAAAGGCAUGCUGUCUAUUCGCAUAUUCGGAGUUUCCAAUAUUCAUCUUUCUAAGGAGAUUGCAGCAGAAAGUUUUGGUUUGUAUGUUAACAUCACUGUCGGAGCAAUGUCCAAGUCCACCUCUGUAAAGCCUUAUGGAAAGAAAGGCAAAGUCAUAUGGGAAGAAGUGAGAAACUUUUCAAUUUUGGUUCCCAACAAAAUCAGUAACUGCCUAAACCGAGUGAAGAUAGCAGUGAUAGGAUUUGAUCAAGAAAUGCCAAGACCCAAAUACAGGUUGAUGGGCAAGAUUGAACUACACUUGCACAAGAUCAUCAAAAAACAAUGGACAAUGGAAACCUUUGAAAUGCAAAACAAAGAAACUAAACACAGUGGAGAUAUCAGUGUUGAGUUUGCCUUUGCUUAUGGAAACUUUGGCUAUGGAUUCUCUGACCAGCUGGAGAGUAAUCGUAGUAAGGCACUAGUGGAGCAGAGUGCUUUCCCCAAACUGGACCCUCUAGGAACAACAUUCAACAAAUUAAGUGUUCUAGCGAUUCCAAGAAAAGUGCCACACCCAAAGUACAUCCCAUUUGUGACGAAAGUUAUCAACCUUGAGCCCGAAAUGAGUCCAACAUAUGCUCUUAGGACCAUAAACCAGGAUGUGUUUAAAAAGCGGCCAGUUCUGGACCAGAAGUUAACAAGGCUGAAGCAACUCUGCACUGAGUACUCAAUCCAGUCCUCAAGAACGAAGCGAGUUGCAUUCCUUAAGAAACUUAUUGCUGAUAAGGAGUCUCUCCAUACGCUAGACGAAGUGGAGGAAGGCGAGGAUAAACAGGACGAAUUCAGCUCAAAUAGGAGCGGUGGGGGGACCAUAGGAGAAAGUGGCAAGCUAUCUAUGUUGACCAAUGUAGCUUUUCUUGCGGGUGCACCGUGUCUAAUGCGACGAGAUCGUGCGACUCCGAAUAUUGUUCCGUCAACUUCCACGAUCUACGAGACAAUGUCUCAAAAACAGUAGCAGCUCAGGAGAGAACAAGCGAGGCCAACCCCUCCGGUAUCAACCCAGGUGCGGGGAACUUCCAGGCCGAGUUGGACGAGAAUGAUAACAAGCCAGGCCUCCGGGGUAGACACCAAGGGCUCAUUGCACGUAUCGUAGUCAACCUAGCACAAG